AUGAACACCAAUUCUGUUGUGCGCGACCCCCGCCUCGAGCUCCGUCGACAUCCACAGAAUGUUGGCUUAAGUCAACAUGAGGUGGCCCAGCAACGCCCCCCCCCUGGUCCUCGGGCCCAGUCGGCUCCAGAUAUACAGCGUGACCUGCCUGGCGGUACAUUUAUCCGCAGCAUAGCUCAAUUCGUGGAGGUGGCAGUCAAAGCACGAACGAAGGAAGCUGAAAAGGAACGCAUACAGAAAAAGAGAGCAGAAACAAUUGAGUUGCUGGACAAGGCGAAAUCUCAAAGAGGGUUUCCGUCCUUCGUGGAGUGCUACCAAACCGCCAAGGACGUUGAAGACGCAGCUCUCGAGUCUGUCAAUGUUGAGAUUAAAGGAUACCAAAGCAGGCUUCAGGAACUAGAGGUUGGCCUUAUAAACCAGUGGGCCGAAUCAGCGAAUUCGAAAAGCUCGCAAUUCGAUGACAGGGUGCAACAGAGCGAGAGUAGGGUCCGACAGUUGGAGCAAAAUCUCAAAGCAGCCAAUGACAAGAUUGCUGCAUUGCAUGGUGAUAUUGCACAGUUUAACAACUAUCACAAGUCGAUGGAGCAUGGGUUGGAAGAGAUCCAGAAAAAGCAAAACCUUCAGCAGAAGUCCUUUGGGGGGUUUACAAACUCGUUGGGCUCGCUGGAGAGUAAGACGGACAACAUCGCAAAACAGCUGAAGGCAAUCGAAGAGAAGCCGCCGGUACAACCAGUCAACGGGAUUACGCCUGAUACGAAAAAACUACUUGAUGAUCUCUCAACCCAGCACAAGAACCUGGAGCAGAGAACAGCGGAGUGUAGCCACUCGCUUGAAUCCUUGUCCUCGUUUUAUCAGAAGACAUCAAAUUCAACUGAUCUAGUCCAAAAGGAUCAGCAGCUGCAGAUGAAUCAAUUCAAACAGACCCUAAUGGAUCAACAGCAGAAGCUGGAUCUAGUUACUCAACUGCAAACAGAUCAGCAGAAUAAGCUGGAGAUAUUCACUUCGACCCAGGCGAAACAGGAACAAAAGCUGGAGAAAUUGGAGAAGCUGGAUCGGCUCAGCAACGGCCAAACCGCCUCUUCAAAGCCGGACGACGCAGUAGUUCAGGUUCUGAAAAAAGAGGCGGAAAGGCUGGCCGAUCAAGUGAAGGAAAUCGGUCGUAUUAACGGAGAGCUCGUAUGGGCAGAAAUCGAAGACUUCAAGAAGGAAAUUGUGGAGAAACUGAGCGAGAGCCAGCAAGCCCAACAGUUGCUCACAGAAAAUAUUCAAGAUCUGAUGCUGAAGGUCCCAAGGGAACGGCUUGACCCGAAAGUGGAUGGUUUGUUCGAGGCAGUGCGGAGAAUCAGUACUGACAUGGAGCCUUUCAAGACGGCUCUGCUAUCCCUGGAGUCGAGAUACAAUAACUUGACAACGGAACCGAUAGUGCAGCACAUGGUCAGGGCAAUGCAUGAGAUGUAUCCGUCUGUAGACCAGAUUUUGAAAGAGUUGACGUUGCAAAAGCAGACUCUGGGAUCUCUGGAACAGAACUUGCCCUCCCUGGAAGAAAAGGUAAAGCAACUGGAAACCCAGGGAAAGCAUACCGCCUUGCCACAGGACGAGCUGAACUCCAUCAAAGCCCAACAGCAGGACUUGAAGGGCUCAAUCGGUAAUCUUGUGGAGCGAUAUCAGUGGCUCAAUCAAGAAGAGUUCCGGGGAAUGCAGUCGCGUCUGGAAUCUCUGGCCGAAAAACAAAGCAAUACCGAUAGGGACCUGCUACAAAAGAAGACCGCCGACCAGGAAAAAUUCCAAGAUAUUGAGCGCCAAGGUACAUCGUUGAAGGAUGAAAUGACAUCGUUAAAAGAUGAAUUGGCAUCUUUGAAUGGUCAAAUACAAAAAAUUAGCGAUAACCUUGAAAGACUCGACGAGGACUACAAUCGAGUAAAAGAAUCUUUUAUCGAAGGGGACAUGCAAUCUCUGCAACUUCGCAUGACACAGAUCGAACAGUGUUCCAAGAAAACGUACGAGAACACCAAGAUCCAGCUCGAUCGAAUAAAAAGUGAGAUGGAAUUGCUACGCCCUGAUUCUCCCACAGAUCAGCUCCGUCCGGCCCCGAGGCCGGACCUGCUCUCCAACGACCGCAGUCAAGGCAUGAGGAUCAAGCGUCGACAUUCAAAUUCAGACGAUGAUGGCUCACAACCGCCUUCGACUUCUUCGACUCCUCUUGCACACGGCCCGCUCUCCUCCCGAACCAGCCUGUCGAAGGAGGAGAGAAUCGAGAAAAAGAAGAGAAAGAAAAACAAGAAGAGGAUCAUAACCGCUCACGAAGCAAUGAAAUCUCAGGAAGCAAUAACCAUUGAUGAUGACUAG